AUGGGGGCAAUAGAAGAGAGAGGAUGGGGUAAUAGAAGAGAGAGAGUGGUGUAAUAGAAGAGAGGAUGGGGUAAUAGAAGAGAGAGGAUGGGGGCAAUAGAAGAGAGAGGAUGGGGUAAUAGAAGAGAAAGGAUGGGAGGAUGGGGUAAUAGAAGAGAGAGGGUGGGGGUAAUAGAAGAGAGAGGAUGGGGUAAUAGAAGAGAGAGGAUGAGAGGAUGGGGUAAUAGAAGAGAGAGGGUGGGGGUAAUAGAAGAGAGAGGAUGGGGUAAUAAAAGAGAGAGGAUAGGGUAAUCGAAGUGAGAGAUGAUGGAGUAAUAGAAGAGAGAGGAUGGGGUAUAGAAGAGAGAGGAUGGGGUAUAGAAGAGAGAGGAUGGGGUAAUAGAAGAGAGAGGAUGGGGUAUAGAAGAGAGAGGAUGGGGUAUAGAAGAGAGAGGAUGGGGUAUAGAAGAGAGAGGAAGGGGUAACAGGAGACAGAGGAUGGGGUAAUAGAGAGAACGGGAGAAAGUACUCUCUCUUUAGGGAGGGUUCUUUCACAGUUUGUUGAUUCUCCAACUUCAUAAAAGUACUAGAAUUAUAUUAUAUAUUCACAAACUAUUAUUGUCUGAUAAAUGAAUCAAAUAAGAAGCAAUUAAAAGUUCAUAUCAUCAUCAUUUAUUUAUGUUAUUGGUGUAUAUAAUGUUGCAUUUGUUUCAUCAGUUCAUGGACAAGACGGCGCGCCCAUACAAUUUAUAAGAAUUAUUUGUCACAAUUAUUACAAUAUCAUGGCACUUAUUCGAACCCCGCUACACAUGCAAUGUUAACAAUUCAAAGGGUGAAUUUCAAUUAGUUUAUAUACAAUUUGUAUAUACAUGUAUGUACAGCGGCAAGUACUGCUGGUGUUAAAAUAAUGCAUCCAUGUGUGAAAAAAAUGGCUUCGCGCGCCAUAAAGG